CAAAGAAAUACUAUACUGGAUAACUCUAAUAACACUGGAAUAGGUGACUCUAAUGACGAGACCUCAAAAGAACUGAAAAAACUACAUGACAACAAUAAAGAAACACCAACUGAACGACUUCAACAACAAAGCACCAGAAUGAAUGACUCCAAUGAUGAGCUCUGA